AUGUCGCCCGCAUUCCUGGCGUUUAUCGCCGUCAUCCUGUGUAUCCUGUUCCGGAUACUGAACGUCAACAGCACACCACAGCUCCCCAGUAUCGUCUGCAAAGAUGGCCAGUUCAUGGAGUGCUUCAACAAGAUUGCCCCGAUGCUACGAGAACCGUACAUUCCAACCCGGCUGUGGGGCUUCAGCGGACACAUCCAGACAAUAAUACACAGUAUCGUCGGUCGCGUCAAGUGUCCGUGGCCUCUGGGCGAGCGGGUCUACCUGUCGCUGACGGACGGGUCCACGCUGACGUACGAUCUGUACCAACCGCUAAUUACAACCGUCGAGGACGACAUCACCGUCGCCAUCUGUCCGGGAAUUGGCAACUCAUCCGAGUCCGUGUACAUCCGAACGUUCGUGCACUACGCCCAGUGCCAUGGGUAUCGGUGUGCAGUGCUGAAUCACAUCGGUGUCCUCGACAGCGUGCAGGUGACUUCGAGCCGAAUAUUUACAUACGGUCACACGGACGACUACUCGGCGAUGAUAAAUAGUUUGGUGAAAAAGUACCCCACAACGAAUGUCGUCUCGCUUGGCUUUUCGCUCGGUGGAAACCUCAUUUCAAAGUACCUCGGGGAGGCGAAACGACCGGCAAACAUCAUCGGUGGCGUUUCGAUCUGCCAGGGCUACAACGCUGUGGUCGCAACGCAGUGGCUGUUAAAGUGGCAAAACUUCCACCGGUUCUACCUGUACGUGCUGACCGAAAACGUGAAGAGCAUCAUCAUGAAGCACCGGCACAUUCUGCUGUCGGACGACAUCAAGCUGCGGUAUCAGCUGAACGAGCGCGACAUUGCGGCUGCGGCCACGCUGCCCGAGCUGGACGAGGCGUACACGCGCCGUGUGCAUCAGUUCGCCACCGUGAAGGACAUGUACAGCUGGAGCUCGUCGCUCAACUAUCUCGCCAACAUCAAGCGCCCGAUGGUGUUCGUAAACGCCCGGGAUGACCCGCUCGUGCCGGAUAAUCUGCUCGAGCCGGUCAAACAGUUCGCUGCCACCAACAACCAGUCGCUCUACAUCGAGCUGGCGAACGGUGGCCACCUUGGGUUUUACGAGGGUGGACUCGUGUACCCAAACCCCGUCACCUGGCUGGACCGGGCGCUGGUAUCGCUGAUCGGUGGCAUCGUGAUGUCGCACAACGACCUGCUGAUGGCAAAGCGAACGGCCGACUCCUCGUCGGCGGUGGUCAUUUAA